AGCAAAGCGUGCGCCUCGGUGCUCCUCGAACAGGUGUGUCGCCAGCUCAACCUCCUCGAGUCGGAUUACUUCGGCCUCGAGUACACGGACGGCAACACCCGCUACUGGCUUGACCUCGAGAAACCCAUGAAUCGACAGGUGUGUCUGAGCCAGGUAGAACCAGUGCUGAGGUUCUGCGUCAAGUUCUACACCCCUGACCCCGCCCAGCUGGAGGAAGAGUACACACGCUACCUCUUUGCCCUCCAGAUCAAACGAGACUUAGCGCAUGGCUGGCUCAUGUGCAACGACAAUACUGCCGCCCUCAUGGCAUCCUACAUUGUCCAAGCUGAAUGUGGAGACUUCGUGGAUGAAGACUAUCCCGAUCACCGUUACCUCUCCCUGUACAAGUUUGUGCCCUCACAAGAUGGUGAAUUGGAGAGAAAAAUCAUGGAGAAUCACAAGAAACAUGUGGGUAUGACUCCAGCCGCUGCUGACUUGAACCUUCUGGAAACAGCUAGAAGAUGUGAGCUAUAUGGCAUCAAGAUGCAUCCUGCAAAGGAUCAUGAAGGAGUACCAUUAAACCUUGCUGUUGCGCACAUGGGUGUGUUAGUGUUCCAGAACUACACGAAGAUCAACACUUUCUCUUGGGCUAAAAUACGUAAACUAUCCUUCAAGCGUAAGCGCUUUCUCAUCAAAUUACAUCCAGAAGGAUAUGGCGAGGGCUAUUACAAGGACAUUGUGGAAUUUUUCUUUGAUGGACGUAAUGAGUGCAAGAAUUUCUGGAAGAAGUGUGUGGAGCACCACGGAUUCUUCCGAUGUUCACAAGUUAAGAAAGUGCCGCGCCAAAAAACGAGGGUGCUUUCACGAGGAUCUUCCUUUAGAUACAGCGGCAGAACUCAAAAACAGGUUCAGGAGUUUGUCAGAGAUAAUUACGUAAAGAGAGCACCAUUUCAAAGGUCUCAGUCAUUUCGACACUCUCCCUCAGUACAUACGAGCGUAAGCAACGUAGGUAUGAGUAUCUCUGCGCAGCCUCUUCUUCCACUUGGAGACAAUCAAUGUGUUGGCACACCUGUAUCUUUAUCGUGUGGCUCCAUGACCCUGGCUUCUACAGGUGACCCACAGUCGCCGGGGUCACCUACCCAGACUGAGACUGCCGACCUCCAUGACUUCGACACACGUGACCUGGAGACUCCCAGUGUGACACCAUCAAGGCAGGACACCCUCUCACCGGAGACCUCAGUGACCUCUAGUCCACAGCGAGGUCAUGACCCCGAGUACUCCCACCAUCCAGUGGUUACGAGAAGAAGUUGGAAAGGAGGAAGGGAUGCCAACAGAUAUCCUUAAUCAACUCUUCCAGCUGAUUGACCCAAUCUAUGAGUUCCACACACAGUUCUUGAAGGAGCUUGACACACGUUUAGCAUUAUGGGAUGGUCGUGCAAGUGGAUCAAACAAGUUGGAAUCUCAAAGAGUGGGUGAUAUUAUGCUGAAAAACAUGAAUAUGCUAGAAUUGUAUGACAAAUACCUUAAGAGCCACUACUCAAUAUUGGAAGGCCUAGAAGCAUCCUUUCGUAAGAAUCGACGCUUUGAGCAAGUAUAUCGGGACUUUGAGAUGCAAAAAGUCUGUUAUUUGCCUCUGACGUCAUUUAUCUUGAAACCUCUUCAUCGUCUCCAGCAUUAUCACUUACUGCUUGACCGACUUGUAAAACAUUAUGGCAGUGCUAAUCAUCAUGACUACCGUGAGUGCAUGACAGCCAAAGCCAAGUUGAGUCAAGCUGUGAAAGGCAUGGGACCAGCCCUCGCUGCAUCUGAGAACCUUGUCAAGCUGGUAGAGCUGCAGCGAGAUCUGGUGGGAAUAGACAACUUAGUACAACCUGGUCGAGAGUUCUUGCGAGAAGGUUGUCUACAAAAGUUGUCUCGGAAAGGAUACCAGCAGCGCAUGUUCUUCCUGUUCAACGAUGUCUUGUUGUACACAAAUCGCACCACAACCCCAGUGUUGCAGUUUAAGGUGCAUGGCCAACUCCCUCUCCGUGGAGUAAUGGUUGAAGAAACGGAGAGCCGUAUGGGAGCAACUAACUGUUUCACAAUCUAUGGAGGCAACAGGGCGUUAAUGGUGGCUGCAAACAGCGAUGAGGAUAAAGCCAAAUGGCUGGAAGACCUCACUGCAGCCAUCAGUCAGGCCAAGUCACGGCCUGAUGAUGCCUUCCAUUAUCUAUCACUUAAGUCCAUCAGUUCCUCUGAUGAAGUUCUGGAUCGCAGUGAAAGCAGCACACUUGAGGAUCCUUUGAGUCCAACUCGAGGACUAGGAGAGAAAGGUGCAUCUCCGCAGCAGCGAUCCAAUACCACCGUCCAUGUUUGUUGGCACCGUGCCACCAGUGUGGCGGCAAGAGAUUACUCUCUAGCUGUGCAGAACCAACUCAGUGGGUACUUGCUACGCAAGUUCAAGAACAGCAUGGGCUGGCAGAAGCUUUGGGUGGUAUUCACCAACUUCUGCCUGUUCUUCUAUAAGACCUUCCAGGAUGAUUUCCCUCUGGCUUCACUUCCAUUGCUUGGGUACACUAUAACUACACCUGGAGAAGAUGACCAAAUACAGAAGGAGUUUGUCUUUAAGCUCCAGUUUAAGAACCAUGUUUAUUUCUUCAGAGCGGAAUCCGAAUUCACUUUCUCUCGCUGGAUGGAAGUAAUUUCUACAGCUACUCAGAACUCAGCACGGACUCGUCUCUUUAGCCGUAAAGAGAGUGAAAAUGAGAGCAUUAGGUUGUAAUUCCCUAACUGAUAUUCUCCACUGAUCUGAUUUCUUUUAUUAAAAGGACUUGUGAUUUUUAAAAAAAUGUAUUUUAGAGGUUUCUUGGUAUUGGCAAUAAUAGAAAGAUCCAUUGAAGUUUCUCUGAAACAUAGCCAUGUAAAUUCUUCAGUUGAGUAAU